UGUUAAUACGCGUUUUUAACUUUAAGUUAACAGUUAACGAUUAUGUUACGUUUUUUGUAAUUUGUUAUUAAACUGACAUACAUAAUUACUGAAUUAUGAAUUCUAAAAGUAUAAGCGAGAUGCUAGAAUCAUCUUUUGAUUAUAGUUCUGUUGACGACUCUGAUGAUGAUCCCGAUUGGGAUAAUAAUGUUGAAGUCAUGUCUACAAGUACUACUUCUAGUACACAAAAUAAUGGCAGACAUGUGAAUAUAGUGGCAUCAGAUGUUGAAUUAUCCGGAGUCAGUGAAAUUCACAGUGAUGGAAAUGAUCCAGAUUUUGACAUGGUAUCUCAUAUAAGUGCAUCAACUGAUGGUGAUUUUACACCAAUUGCUCGUGGACAAGGAAGCCCAAGUAUUCAUACUAAUGAUCGUCAGUGGAGAGUUGAUGAUAAUGUUGUUGAUGAUUUUAUGUUCAACCCUGAUAUUGCAAACUCAGGUAUAAAUCCUGACUUAUUUGAUGUACUAAUGCACGGCUUAGUUUAUAAAUUUUUCUGUGAUUUUGAUCUAAUUAUUUUUUAUUAUGUUUUAAAAUAUUAAAUACACUGUUAUUGUUUGUUAUUAUCAUUCUUAUUACUUAAGUUUUCUUAGUCUCCCAAUUGUUUUUAUAUAUAAUGUUACUAU